AUGAAUCUAGAUAAACACAUACGGUGCGAAAUAUGCCAGCAAGGCUUCACGCGCAGUGAUCACUUGAAAAGGCACUAUCUGCGCCGUAUGCAAACCACCCUGCCUACUCCUGUUUCAAAAUUAACCCUCGUUCAGAUACUGGUAAGAAGCCAUACUUCUGUAUAUUUUGCAAUAAAGCCUUUGCGCGAUGUGAUGGUCUUCGCAACCACUAUCCAGAUUGCGCCAAACGUGGAGAAAACCAGAUCCCUGAAAAUCGACAGAGAGGCAGAAAGCGACACGCUUGCCAAUCGGAAUCAGAAUAUGCUAACGGGCUCACUGCAUGCAGUGUACCUUGUUAAAACUUCGUUGCGACGGGAAGCAUCCAUGCGACUCGUAGCCUCAUACCCGGAGAAUCCCACUUCUCCAAUUGGUAUGGGCCAAUCCAGGCUGCGUUACGAAAAAUCCACUGCCAAAGUAGGGUCGUCGUUAAUGAGCCAAGAGCCUUACAACCAACCAUCAGACCGCGGGUCAGUAAAAUUCUUACUCGACGGCGGGACAGACAGCUUCACAGAGAAAUUCAGACACCCCCCCCGUGAUGACCGGACCCGGGGAAUGGCAUAUCAUUACCAGACAGUUCUGCGGAAUGAGGAGCUUAAGAGCAUCCUUCAGCAUGUUGGAAGCAAAAGUCCGGACCACACCUUAUUGUGUGUAGAUUCCAGUGUUUCUGAACUACCCCAAGUUGCAUUUUUCGACUUAUUGAAUGACCCUUUCGGCAGUGGAUACUCAGAAGAUUUGUAUGUUAGUGGAAAUGGUGUUCACUCACAAUUAUCUGAGCAAGGUCCCGAUCUCUCUGCACUUUGGGGAGAUAUAAUUCUUGAACCUGAGCCGCCAUUCGUGUUGGCCUUGAUUGAAGCUAUCUUGGCACAAGGUUGGACCGUUUUAAAAGACGCUAAAUCCCAGAAAGACCUCUCCACCAACCUUACAUUUCUCCUGACAAGCGCACGUAUCCGGAAGUUCAUCGCUCUUUAUUUCAAAUACUGGCAUCCAAGCUGCCCGAUGGUGCACGAGCCUACCUUCAAGCCUGAAACAACAUCUGUGCCGUUAUUAGCUUCUAUGGUCUUUAUGGGGGCGAUGUAUACCAUUGACCAGAAGGAAGUCCAUGCUGCAAAGAGAGUGAUCGAUUUCGUGGAGCUUUAUAUCUUUUCUAAUGAUAUCUUCUCACCGGAGAGUGGGAUUGAGGCUAUGUUCUCCGGCAACAGGUGCUACGAGGAUGAAGUGGACGAUUGGGUCAAAUUCCAAAACUUCCAGGCAGGACUAUUGAUUACUGUGGUACAAUACUGGGCAGGGAGUUGGGUCUCUCGAGACCGUGCGAUAGAGGCCCGAUUUAGUGAGAUUGUCAAGGUUGCUCGGGGGAUUGACCUAGUUAAAUCUCGACACCAACCUCCAGACUAUGUCUCGGAGGAUUUGUGGAUCAAAAAAGAAUGCCCUGCCGAGAUGGAAUUCGAACUUCCUUGCGAACAAUCAGUUUUCCAGGCGGAGUAUCCAUUCGCCGAGCCUCAUUUUCGAUUUUCGCGCAACAUCACGGUUCUCAGGGCUUUCCAGGGCCUUUUCAUUGAUAAUAAUCAAAGGGGUUCUCCGCAGCGUUCUCCCGACACUAUCCAUAUAGACUUGACAACAUUGGACAUGUUCAUUUUGAUUCACUUACUAUACGUCUUUAUUAACAUGAAUAUGUCUCCCUUGGGCCCAUUCGCACACCAAACCCAUUAUGACCGGAAUGUGCAGGCUAGUAGGAGUGACGGUUCGGGCAUAAGUCUCAAUUCAAGUGACUCGGUUCUCGACGCGAUCCGUAAAGCUUUGUCCCGCUGGCGUGAUAAUUGGGUUACACUUCAUAGCCAAGUUUCUCAUGACGAAUGGAACUCGUUGGGCUUCUACAAGAAUGGAUACAAUUUCUGGCUUGUCUCGCAGCUGUUGAUCACAAAAAGCGACGCCGUUGAUGUGGUCAUGCACAUGAGCGUAAAAUGUGACGACAAAUUAAAGGAGCUAAGUGUACUAUUGCUUGAUGAAGAGGAAUGA